AACUUUUUUCAAAAUAAAAGUAAUUUGAGGUACCAUCGGAAAUGCACAUGCGCUGUGAGGGUUCUCUACACACGUGCAUCAUGGAGUCCACACGAGAUGAAUUGGAUCUCGAUCGCUCUCAGGUGAAAAAGGCUGUACAGGCAUUACAAGCCUAUUUAAAGAGCACCACCUCAUCCAAAAAACUGUUAAUAAAUGAGGGUCAGGCCAUCUCUCUUCUCUUCACUCAAUGGAAAAUCCCUAAAAAAGAGCAAACCAUUCGCAUACCUUUACCCAAUGGGCUGAGGACAGAGUCAGGAGAGGUCUGUCUCUUCACCAGAGAUGAGCCCAACAUGACUUCAGAGCAGACAGAGAAGUUUUACAAGCGGUUACUUGUAGAGAGAGGGGUCAAAAAUGUUACAGAGGUCAUUCCCUUCAAAGUGUUAAGGACUGAGUAUAAGCCGUUUGAAGCCAAGAGGAGACUGCUCAGUAACUUUGAUAUAUUUCUGUCAGAUGCACGUAUCCGACGCAGGCUACCGUCUCACAUUGGCAAGCAUUUCUACGAAAGGAAGAAGAGUCCUCUGUCAGUGGAUCUAAAGAGCAGACACCUGGCCAGAGACAUGGAACGCCUCAUUCAGGGCACCACCCUUAGUGUCUCAAAGAAAGGAUCCUGCUGCAUGGCACGUGUAGCACAUUCAGGCAUGACGGCAGAUGAGAUAGUCGAGAAUGUGGUCACGGCAGUUUCCACCAUCUCUACAAAGUUAGAAAUGAAAGGAAAAAAUAUAAAAAUCAUCCAUUUAAAAAGUCUGACCUCAGUUGCUCUACCUAUCUACACCUCUGAUCUGAGUCAUCUCAAACUGGUGGAGGUGGCCCAGAAGAAAGCCACUGUAACCAAGCAAGCACAAAAGAGGAAGAUCGAAAAUAAGAAUACAGAAGUAUUAGACAAGAUCCCUAAAGAGAUGGAGGCAGAGAAUGACAGUGAAGAGGAGGAAAUUCCACAACUGGUGCCAAUCGAGACACCAACCAAAAAGCCAAGACAGGAGGAGAUACCCAAAAAAGGAUUAAAAAAAGUACCUAAGCCUACUGCUGGUAAAGGACUAAAGAAAAUCAGAAAAGACAAGAAAAUGGCAAAGAAAACAUCGAAGGUCACAGCACUUGGGCUGAAAAGAAAAGCUAAAGUCAAAUAAAUCAAAUACAGUCAUAACUAAUUGUGCACCACCUCUCCCUUUGAACGGUUUCAUAUGUUGGACAUGUACUGUAUCAAGAGUUGUAUAUAAUAAAGUAUACCAUACAUCA